UUUCAAGUCUUUCGGCCCCGGAACGACGGAGAUCUUCCUUUAAAGAUUGUGACAGGGAAGAAGCAGAAACAUUACGAAUACACCUUUUGCACAAUACCUGUGGUACGGGUGUGAAAUGAAGUCGGCCUCAAGGUCAAAGUUCAACACAAUGUACUCCUUCCUGAGCGGUGAAUAUCCCGGAUGUGGCGAGCCUGUACUGUACCAUUGCUGAGUUAGCGCUGUGUGUUUACUGUUAGCGCCCGAUUUUCUCGCCACUUCGUCUUAUUUCAUGUCAGUCUGACUGCAACAAGUAACUAGGUCUUCUACAAGAAAUGAUCUGAACGUGACGUGCCAAGGAACUUCCUGUUACGGCUCAUUUUGGAGGAAGAAAGGCAGGUGAAGAGGUGUCGGUAUUUCUGAGGCAGCUUCACUUCCACACUGCCAAGCUGGCGACGUCACGCGUGCCCAGCCCCCCGCCACCCUCCGAGAUGUCCACACCAGUUGCUGAAAACUGGUGCUACACCCAGGUUAAAGUGGUGAAGUUCUCCUACAUGUGGACCAUCAACAACUUCAGUUUUUGUCGAGAGGAGAUGGGGGAGGUGCUGAAGAGCUCCACCUUCUCGUCAGGAGCCAAUGACAAAAUGAAAUGGUGCUUAAGGGUUAAUCCAAAGGGUCUAGAUGAAGAGAGUAAAGACUAUUUAUCCCUGUAUCUCCUGUUGGUGUCCUGUCCCAAAAGUGAAGUCCGUGCCAAGUUCAAGUUCUCCAUUCUCAACAGUAAGAGGGAAGAGACAAAAGCCAUGGAAAGUCAACGUGCGUAUAGAUUUGUCCAAGGGAAAGACUGGGGAUUUAAGAAGUUUAUUCGGCGAGACUUUCUUCUAGAUGAAGCCAACGGAUUAUUACCAGAUGACAAACUGACCCUCUUCUGUGAAGUAAGCGUUGUUGCAGAUACUGUGAACAUUUCAGGGCAGUCCAAUGCAUUGCAAUUGAAGGUGCCCGAGUGCAAACUUCCUGAAGACCUGGGGAACCUUUUGGAGAGACAGUCCUUCAGCGAUGUGUCUCUUCAUGUAGGAGGAAAAGAAUUUCAGGCACAUAGAGCCAUUUUAGCUGCACGGUCACCAGUCUUCAAUGCAAUGUUUGAACAUGAAAUGGAAGAAAGCAAAAAGGGCCGUGUAGAAAUCACAGAUGUGGAUGCAGAUGUCUUCAAGGAGAUGCUGCGAUUUGUAUAUACAGGAAAAGCUCCCAACCUGGAGAAAAUGGCAGAUGAUCUUCUAGCUGCUGCAGAUAAAUAUGCCCUAGAGAGACUAAAAGUGAUGUGUGAAGAUGCCUUGUGCUCCACCCUGACAAUCGACUCUGUGGCAGACACACUGAUCUUGGCAGACCUCCAUAGUGCAGAGCACCUCAAGGGUACAGCUAUCGACUUUAUCAAUAGUCAUGCUACUGAUGUUAUGGACACUAGUGGUUGGAAGUCCAUGGUCCGGAGCCACCCACAUCUUGUUGCUGAUGCCUUCCGUGCUCUUGCAAGCUCUCAAAGCCCUCCUCUUGGACCACCUCGCAAGAGAAUUAAACAGUCCUAGGAUCGAUAUACUGUGAGGAUAUAUGUUUGUACAGGUUAAUAAACAUGUAUGGGUCUACAUGUACAUACUUAUAACCAAUUCUUGUGAACUAAUCUGUCCAAAUUGCCAGUAAUGAAUGUUGAGUACUAAAACUGUUUCAUAACUGCUGUAUGUCCUACAUAUACAUGUAACUGUCUGGGUGAUUUUUCUGACCUCUGUUUAGCUGUUGGAUGCACAGGUGUAAGAUGAGUGGUUUGCCCUGCCUCUAUAUUGGAGUUAUAGUACAGGGCAUGUGGAUCACAGGCCUGAAUUGCCUUGCAAAUUGCUUGCAAUAAGCCGUUUUGUGCGUUUUGGAGGUUGGUGAAUCAAUGGUUGGUUCGUCUCAUAAAACCAGAGUUGCUCUGUCCAACAUUUCCAUAGUUCUUCUGCUCCCUUCCAAAGGGCAAUACUGACUGGUUCUACUCCACACUGCAGCUACAUGUACAGGUACAAUGUUGGUGUCCUGUUGGGGACCACAUCCAACACCUAGCUGCUGUGUGAUAUAUGUACAGAACCAGUCAGUAUUACCCUGGGGAAGGUACAUGUACGUGUAGCAGAAUGUCAAAAUGUUGGAAGAUGAUCUAAACUUUGGUUAUACAUGUAUGUAUGUGACAAGAACAUAUUUAACCAAAUACCGUUAUAGUUGCUGCCUCAGUGUACAUGAAGAUUUUUAUUUUAAUGCAAAUUACCCUCAGAGAAGAAUCUGCCUAAUGAUAGCAAAUUAGUCUAUGGCAUCUGAUGGAAACACCUUCGUGUACAUUGUGUUGACAUGUUUCAUACUAUUUUGUGUGAAACAUGUACAAAAUACCUCUCACACCACCAUCCUCAUUAUUGCUUUCUUUUUUAGAUUAGUAAAUUGUGUAUCACUGCACCAGCAAGAACUUAGACUAUGUACAUCUGUUCCAGUCACCCCAUCAUGUCAUUAAGCAGUUUGACUUUUUUUGUGUUAAUUAUGCAAAUCAGUUCCUCAUUUUGCAUGCUUUGUAUCUGUUUAUGUUCCACCUGUAAUAAAUUACAUGAUUGUGUUACAUUUAUUCAAGUCCAGUUAUGGAAAACCAUGGAACUAAUUAUUUUGUAUAUCAUUGUGCUCCAUGCAUGCCUGGAAUGAUGGAAAUCUGUUCCUUUCUUCUGUUAUCCUCUUUAGAAUGUUUUGACAAAAAUGCCUUCAGAAUCAAAUGUUAAGGGGCUUUAAACCGCAGAAAAGUUAUCUGCCACCCAAAGACCAUAUCAUGUCUGAGACAAGAGAUACUCUGAAAAACUGCUGGUAACAAAACUGCCCUGACGUCUGAACCAUGUACAACAGCAAAAUAUUCAUAUUCUGUAUGUGUGUGGGUACAAUGUAGUAGUUUCCAUUGUUAACUUCAUAUUUUAUCAUCAAUUUGUUGUGAAGCUAGAUAACUAUAAGUCUAUUACACAGAUGUUGAUGAUCUGUUGAUUGAUGUGUUGAAGUUACAAUGUGUAGUACUGUUACAUCAUCUGAAACACCCUCUCCAUAGCAGGUCCUGUGUGUUCAAUCAUUUCUACCAGCCUUCAUGAUCACAGAGGUGUCAAAAUUCAGGCAUCUUGUUUUUUUCUUCUUCCUUUUUCACAUGCUUGCUUAAGUUUUUAUGUGUGUAGAGAUGUCAUCCACAAAAUGAAGUCAGUUUGACCUCGCAUGGAAAGACUGGCUGAAGGUAUUUAUUUCUUUGUCACAAAGAUUGUUGACAGUGUUGUAGCCCCACUAGUACAUAAGAUUCCUCUAGAUCUGUUGACCUUAUCAUGGGGCAUCUUGAAAACUGUACAGGUUUAGGAUAUUUAUAAGACAUUGUGUAAAUGUACAGAAUAAUAUAAAGUUACUGUUCUUUGUAUGCCUUUGUAUAGGGAUUUGUUGUUUGAGCUCUUGUACAGACAUAUGUUACGUUUAGAUCAUCAAAGUUUCCAGAAGCUCAAUUAUGUUGAUUUGCUUUGUUUACAAAAUGGAUUAAGGCAUGGAGGAGUAAUGGCAGCGGCCCUUUAUGGGAGGAAUGUGGCUUUAAAAGUCUUUUACAGAAACUUCAGGCAAACUCUCCAGGACAUGCCUUUGUAUACACUGUAAAACAUAAACUUUAAAGUUUAUUGUGAUGUACAUUUAGAAAAGAGUGUCUGGCCUGGAAUCAAUGCUUAGAAACACCUUAAAUUUAUGUAUCUCAGCAUUAGGAUUUAGAAACAAGUUCCAGCCAAGAUGUAUCUGAAUCAUGGUUGUAGAUUAAACCUUGCCCUUAAGCAUGUGAAUUGUGAGGUGCUUGUUAAUAUAAAUGUCCAGAUGAUCAAAAUCUUUGUUGCACUUUUAAUUGAAAGUACUAUAUAGUACAUUUGUAUUAUGACGUAUAUACUACAUGGUUGAUUAAGGACUUGGUGAAAAAUUC